GUACAGAGGAUGAUGCUGAGACUCGAUAAACCAAUCGGAACGAAUCCACUUUAAGUCAUUGCCAUCAUACAAUAUAUUAUUUUCCUUUUCCAGACAUUGUAAUUGGAUUGCCAAAUCGGAUCAUCGUGGUUUUGGUGGAGAUAAAACGCAAUCGCAAAUGAACAGGAACAUCUAGACAUGAAUCAAGAACUCUAUGAAGUUACAGAUUGUGCUUUUAAGACAGCAUUUAGCAGAGUAUUACAUUUAUUUGUAGUUAACGUGUUUUUAUACAAUGUAGGCACACCAAAGGAUCUCCAAUUUCCCCUGUUUUUUAGUUAGGUUUAAAUGUUAGUGCAGUGUGCGUUGGUUUAGUUUUCUUAUUUCUGACCACAGGUAAAUGUAGUUUUGCUGCACAUGUAGCGAUAUUAGAAGAGUUUAUAAUAUGUCUUAUAAGUCUAGCUUGGUUAUAUACUAUAGUUGUACAGAUACAGUUUGUAAAGCUCCACAACAGCAACAGAUCUAUAGGCUCUAAUGAGUGCUCUCCACUGCCUUGAGGACACACUUCUACAUGAAUAACUCUUGAGAGAAUAUGUUGUGACAGUCUGACCAGGUCAGACAGCAUGAGCCUUCUUACAAGUUAGACUCACCAUUCCAUUUAACAGCUUGUGCCACUUUCGUUACUCAGCAUCAGAGGAUGGUCCCUUCCAGCCACCCUAAUGAUUUCGCCAUCCCCCCCUGGCAAUACCACUCUUAAGUGGGGGACGAGACAUGGUAUCAACAGCAUUGGUUUAUGUCUGACUCAGCCAGAGCGGAGGAAUCAGAAGGGAAGGUGUAAAGCGGAGCCUUUGGCCAUGUCCAAACACGUCCACCUGAAACAACAGUUUGUCCUGGCUAUAAAUAAAGCAGUGUAGAACAAAGCAGCGUUACAUUUCAAACAGAUUAACUACUAUGCAUUUACACAAAGCAAAAAUAUUCUUGAUGGGUCAUAGUGUAGCUGCCUCUCAGCAAAUGGCUGAGAACCCCUGGACAUUACACCAGUUCCCAUCAACUGUCAGUGAUAACCAAGCCUGUCUUUUGUUGGGAGUUGGCUAACGUUUGCCACCCCAGUAAUACAACCAUUUUUACCAUUUCCAUGAACACUAAGUACACAUUUUAUGACUUAUUGGUGGUUAGGUCAUCUUUUACAUUAGGACAUGAGGUUUCCUCUGGUGCUCAAGGCCGUAUGUUGCCACAUUGUCAUGUCAAUGAUGUGGUCCUAUAGGAUAUAAUCUCUAGGUCUUUAGUGGAAAAAAAACAAAGCUAGCUAAGCACUGCCAACCAAACUAACCAAAGCAAAAACAUGUGCAUGGUGGCGGUUGUUUUACAGAACAGAUGAAGAGAGCUGGGAUCAAAGCAUUGUCAGGGAUAGGCUUAAGUUUAGCAAGUGCAGGCUUUGAUGAUGAGAGGAUGUCAAGAUGCAUAUAAAUGAUCAGCUUUAUAUAAGAUUUUUUUGCCCCGCAUGUGCACAGAUUACAUUAGACUGUUUUGAACUUAUCUGACGGUAUCAAACUAAAUGUACGCUGUUUAAAAUGGACAAAUACAUUGUUAAAAUGACAUCUCUAGAUUUGUUCCUGCUCAUUUGGUGGGAAAGGUUUUUUCUCCACUUCACCACCAAAGCUGCUUCUUUUGCAUAAUCAGCAAAUUGAUUAUUGGCAAAACCCGAGGACCAAGCCAGGCUGAACAUUCACUGCAUUCAAAUUGUGAAAGAUAUCCAUAGAUAUUGAAUGCAUGCACUGUGGGGGAAUCGAAAAUGACCAUCCUCCUCAUUUUGUGUCAGGGUCUCCUUUGCUUUCUUUCAUUGCAGUAAAGUGAUCCUAAAGUUCAUCAAUAAGACCAAACGGAGGUACAGUAUUGUAUGAACACCGGGAAGUCUGAUUCACUGGAUUGGUCUCAACCCUAAAACCAAGAACAAAGGAACGCAAAUAUCGAUACCAGUAAAAUAAAUAAAUAAAUAAAGCUUUAAAAUGGUCUGAAACGUAGGACUGUUAUAAAAGGGUCAACUGAUGUGCUUUAGGCAUUCUUUCUUACGAACCAUUUGAUGUCUGUCAAUCAUGAACUUUUGUCAGGACUGAGGUUAGGGGUUCGUCUGCUGUUCACAUUCAUAACAUGGUGCAAAAACACCAUGAGGAGCUUAGGGUGUCGCUGGUUGAGCUCUGAUACUUCUUUUGGAGCGUUCUUGUUAUUUCCUUGGUCUGCUUUCUUUCUUGUUAAACUUAUUUUGCCCUUUUUACCUCUAUGUUACUAACAUGCUUUGGAAACUAACUAACAUCAUUCAUGGAAUGUACCAUUCUACUAACCAGUAUGGUUUUUGCCGUUUAACAAUGUACUAACAGUAUUGACCAUCAUAUAUUAUUUGAGUAACAAUCGUUAUUCUGUUCACAGUUUUUAAUUUCCUUUCUCCCCCCUUUUCCACAAAGCACUCAGGCAUUGGACACGCUAUGGUAACAAUAUCCGUGGAUGGGAUUCUGACCACCACAGGAUAUACGCAAGAAGACUACACCAUGCUAGGCUCUGAUGACUUUUUCUAUGUUGGAGGGAGUCCUAGUACAGCUGACCUGCCUGGAUCUCCAGUUAGCAACAACUUCAUGGGCUGCCUCAAAGAGGUUGUGUACAAAAAUAAUGAUGUGAGACUUGAGUUGUCGAGGCUGGCGAGGCAGGGCGAUCCCAAGAUGAAGGUCCAUGGCACAGUGGCCUUUAAGUGUGAGAAUGUGGCCACUCUGGACCCCAUCACAUUUGAGACUCCAGAGUCCUUUAUAAUCCUCAACAAGUGGAAUGCGAAGAAGACGGGCUCCAUCUCCUUUGACUUCCGCACCACAGAGCCCAAUGGCCUUCUCCUCUUCAGCCAUGGCAAGCCCAAGCAGCAGCCCAAGGACUCCAAGAGUCCCCAUACUCUCAAGGUGGACUUCUUUGCCAUCGAGAUGCUGGAUGGACAUCUGUACCUGCUGCUCGACAUGGGCUCGGGAACCACGAAAACCAAGGCAGUCAAUAAAAAAGUGAAUGAUGGCGAGUGGUAUCAUGUGGACUUCCAGCGAGAUGGCAGAUCAGGUACCAUCUCUAUCAACACCCUCCGUACGGCCUACACUGCCCCUGGAGAAAGUGAGAUUCUGGACCUGGAUGAUAGUCUGUACCUCGGGGGUCUACCGGAAAACAAAAUGGGGUUGGUGUUCCCCACUGAGGUGUGGACAGCACUGCUCAACUAUGGCUACGUGGGCUGCAUUCGGGAUCUAUUCAUUGACGGACAGAGCAAGGAUGUCCGACGCCUCGCCGAGAUCCAGAAGGCUGCCGGGGUGAAGCCCUCGUGCACUAAGGAGCCUCCCAAACAGUGUUUGAGCAACCCCUGUCAAAACAAUGGUGUCUGUAGAGAAGGCUGGAACCGCUACGUGUGCGAUUGCUCUGGAACUGGAUACCUGGGACGCUCCUGUGAAAGAGAGGCAACAAUCCUCAGCUAUGACGGCAGUAAGUUUAUGAAGGUCCAGCUGCCAGUGGUGAUGCACACUGAAGCUGAGGACGUCUCCCUGCGCUUCCGCUCCCAGCGAGCCUACGGCAUCUUAAUAGCCACCACGUCUCGGGACUCUGCCGACAGCCUACGUCUAGAACUGGAGAGCAGCCGGGUCCGCCUGACUGUCAAUUUAGAUUGUAUCAGGAUUAACUGUACCUCCAGCAAAGGCCCAGAGACAAUUUUUGCGGGUCAGAAUCUGAACGAUAAUGAGUGGCACACGGUGCGUGUGUUCAGGAGGGGCAAGAGUUUGAAACUGACGGUUGAUGAUCUGCCGCCUGUAGAAGGUCAAAUGGCAGGUGACCACACCCAGCUGGAGUUCCAUAACAUUGAGACUGGCAUCGUGACAGAGAAGCGAUUCUUGUCCAUUGUGCCGUCCAACUUCAUCGGCCACCUCCAGAGCCUCUCCUUCAACGGCAUGGCCUACAUAGACCUCUGUAAAAAUGGUGACAUUGAUUACUGUGAGCUCAACGCCAUGAUUGGUUUCAAGAACAUCAUCGCUGACCCCAUCACGUUCAAGUCUCGCUCCAGCUACGUGACCCUCACCACCCUGCAGGCCUACUACUCCAUGCACCUUUUCUUUCAAUUCAAAACCACUUCCUCAGACGGUCUCAUCCUUUACAACAGCGGGGAUGGGAAUGACUUCAUCGUGGUGGAGCUGGUCAAAGGUUACCUGCACUAUGUGUCCGACCUGGGGAAUGGAGCUCACUUGAUCAAAGGCAACUCUAACAAGCCCCUUAACGACAACCACUGGCAUAAUGUAGUCAUCUCCAGGGACACCAACAACUUCCACACUGUCAAGAUUGAUACAAAGGUCACCACGCAGACAACCACAGGAGCCAAAAACCUGGACCUGAAGGGUAACCUUUACAUUGGCGGGGUGUCUAAGGAGUUGUACAAGCAGCUGCCAAAGCUAGUGCAUGCCAAGGAGGGUUUCCAGGGUUGUCUGGCAUCAAUGGAUUUGAACGGCCGGCUCCCAGACCUGAUGUCAGAUGCUCUGGACUGCGUGGGACAGAUUGAGAGAGGCUGUGAAGGCCCCAGCACUACAUGCCAAGAGGACUCGUGUGCCAACCAGGGCGUGUGCCUGCAGCAGUGGGAGGGCUUCAGCUGUGACUGCAGCAUGACAACGUUUGGCGGGCCGUUGUGUAAUGACGCUGGAACGACGUACAUAUUUGGGCGCGAUGGUGGAUUGAUCACAUACACGUGGCCGCCAAAUGACCGUCCCAGCACGAGGGCAGACCGGCUAGCCAUUGGUUUCAGCACGCACCUGAAGGACGCUGUCCUGGUGAGGGUGGACAGCUCCUCUGGUCUCGGGGACUUCUUGAAGCUCCACAUCGAAAAAGGAAACAUCGCUGUUGUGUUUAAUGUCGGAACAGAUGACAUUAAUAUUGAGGAGACGUCAAAGUUUGUAAAUGAUGGAAAGUACCAUAUAGUGAAGUUUACGAGGAGUGGGGGUAAUGCCACUCUGCAGGUGGAUGACCUGCCAGUCAUUGAGCGCUACCCCACAGGCAACAAUGAUAACGAACGCCUGGCGAUUGCUAGACAGCGAAUCCCAUACCGACUCGGUCGAGUAGUUGACGAAUGGCUACUCGACAAAGGGCGGCAGCUUACGAUCUUCAACAGCCAAACCACUAUACAGAUUGGGGGCUGGGAGCGAGACCGGAGUCGAUCGUUUCAAGGCCAGCUUUCGGGCCUCUACUAUAACGGCUUGAAGGUGUUCAACAUGGCCGCGGAAGGGGAUCCUAACAUAAAGAUCCAAGGCAGCGUGCGGCUUGUGGGGGAUUCGCCCUCCUCUAUUACACCGCAGUCGAGCACCACGGCCAAUCGCUCAGAGACGUCCACGUCCAUCAUGGAGAUCACCACCACCACGGCGUCCAGCAGGCGGGUCAAGCAGACGACACCGCGAGAGCCUCAGCAGACGACCGACGACUUGCUGGUGGCAUCGGCUGAAUGUCCAAGCGAUGAUGAGGACAUUGAUCCCUGUGAGCCGAGCUCAGGUGGGUUAGCUAAUCCUACUGGAUCUGGACCAAAGGGUUUACCAGGCACGACGGAGGUGUUCAGAGAGUCCAGCAGCACAACAGGAAUGGUGGUUGGCAUCGUAGCAGCAGCGGCGCUGUGCAUUCUGAUCCUGCUCUACGCCAUGUACAAAUAUCGGAACAGAGAUGAAGGCUCGUACCACGUCGACGAGAGUCGCAACUACAUCAGCAACUCCGCACAGUCGAACGGCACCAUCGUCAAAGAGAAGCCGGUCAACACUGCGAAGACCUCGAGCAAGAACAAGAAGAACAAGGACAAGGAGUACUAUGUGUGAUUGUCAAAGCUUUGGUCUUAACCAGACAAACCUUUAUGAAAAUAGACAAAUCAGGACAUCAAAAUGUGUACAGUAUAAUAACAAAGAUGAACAUUAUUUAGUCAUUUUUCCUAAAAGACAAUGCUCUAAAAAGUACAUGUGAAAAAUGAAAAAAAGAACUAUCUGGACUCAAGCACCGGAGACGGAAUACACACAAUACAGACAGAGAAUGAUGGAGAUGUGGCUCUGACAACCAGAGGAAAUGAACUACAUACAUAAUAUAACAUGUCAAACAACUUUUAACCCAUCAGUGACUUGUUUCUCGGCCGUGACGACGUAAACGAAGGAGCACGGAUGCACUUUGCCAAGAGAGGUACAGCGUUACGAACUUUGUGUUUUCAUUUGCAUUGCCUGUGUUUGUGUGGUUGGGACUCUUUCCUAGAGAAAAUUACACAAUGCAUAAAUAAAAACGUACAUAAACACGCCAAAUAUUCGAAGCAGAGAAAGAGAUAGUGAUCGGGUUGAUGGUGAUCUCAACAAGGAGGGAAAAAAAAAUCCCCUGAUGGACGUCAGUGGAAUCAGCCAAAGUACUCACUGAAGAGGAGAUGAUGGCCAGCAGAGACUAACACCGGGCUGAAGGAGCCACCGCAGCAUGGAGAUCCUAACGGAUGGCAAUUUCUCUUGAAAGACUAUUAUUUAAAAGAAUACGUCCAUUGUGCCACUAAGUAAAAUCUGGAGGCCUUCGUUUUCACACGACGUGAACACAAAGGAAAGAGAGUUUUCUCAGAGUGCUGAGGACGCCGCUAACGCCAUCACUCCCGAGCCAUGCACGCAAAAUAAUCUGAUUACAGUACAUAUGUUUAUAUACAGUACAACCACAUCUAUAUGUGCUUUCUGGACUGUGACAAAGUGGUGUUUUAUAGCCUGUUGUAUAGAUGAUGCUAACUAUAACUGCUCCUCUACCAUUUUUGGAAUAAAACAAGAAAAAAAAAAAAGACAUAAAUGUUAUUACGUGUUGCUAGUCAUAGACGAUUUUAUGAGGACAUCUGCAUUUUUAUCAGUUAAGUAAUUAUUUGAUUUCCCCUGCUUUCUUUUUUUUUGUUUUGUUUUUUUAAAAACAUGUGUUCCUACAUAGUUUUUAUACAAAUCCCAUCCAGAGAUACAUAAUCCUGGAGCAGCCAUAGCCUAUCCAUUCCCCAAAACUGCAAAAGGCAUUAACUGUGGGUGGACAAGUGUGACGGGACAACUAACUGUACAUGCAUCUGUUAAGGAUACUGGUAGAAUCACUGCCUUCCUUCUCAAUCCUGACGUACAGUACAUGCAUGAGAAGGCUCAAGAACAUGAAUGAUGAUGACGGAUGAUUAAUAUAAAUUAACUUGCUGUGUGUGUGUUUCCAAGUGGUAUUAUAAGAUUGUCUGACGUGUGCUGACACAAACGAGAGGAGAAGCUCAAAAUCGGUCUCCAUUCCAGCUGUCCUGUGUUUGUUCUGUCAUUCUGUCCGUCAGUUCUGCUUUCCAGAGACCUGUACUUUUAACGUAUGAGUAUGAGGAACAUGACCUUGAACUAUAAAUGAUGAUUAUAAAUUCUCA